UGCGAUCAUAGGUAGAGGGCGCUUUUAAUUUUAUUUCAGAAAGUUGAAGUUGAGUUGAACGGGAAAGUUGUAAAUAAUUUUCAUAAAAUAUCGACGAAGCGCCUUAAUUUCAAGCGUAAGAUAAAUAAAAAGUGACUCAAUGAUUACAAAGUGAAUCCAGCGAGUAAUGGAAAACCAUAAACAGAGUGCCAUAUGAAACAAAAAACUAUCAUUGCGCACGAUACCCCAACGCCAUUUUGAGGCGAAAUUUUCUAAAUAGCGGCAGCUCGGAGGAUGGCCCGGGGCGGCGGGAGUGCUCUAAUUAACUGACGGACGCUGCCGGCUCUCAGCUGGCGCGAGCAAUAAAGAUGCCACGUCCUGGCAGCCUCAAGGACCCAGACAUUGCCGAGUUGUUCAGCAAACAUGACCCGGAGAAGAUCUUUGAGGAUCUCCGGGAGAUCGGCCAUGGAUCUUUCGGGGCGGUGUAUUAUGCUCGCUGCAAUCUCACAAAGGAGAUUGUGGCUAUCAAGAAAAUGUCUUACUUGGGGAAGCAGAGUGAGGAGAAAUGGCAGGACAUCUUGAAAGAGAUCAAAUUCUUGAAACAAUUGGAACACCCGAACACCAUAGAAUACAAAGGGUGCUACAAGCGGGAGCACACGGCGUGGCUGGUCAUGGAAUACUGUGUCGGCUCGGCCUCCGACAUUAUCGAAGUUCACAAGCGUCCCCUGCGUGAAGAAGAAAUCGCAGCAAUAUGCGAGGGCGUCGUCUGCGGGCUGUCCUACCUGCACAGCUUGGGCCGUAUCCACCGCGACAUCAAGGCUGGAAACAUUCUGCUCACAGAGAACGGCACCGUCAAACUAGCCGACUUUGGGAGUGCGAGCAUCAAGUGCCCGGCGAACAGUUUCGUUGGGACGCCGUACUGGAUGGCCCCAGAGGUCAUAUUGGCGAUGGACGAGGGGCAGUAUGAUGGAAAGGUGGACGUCUGGUCGCUGGGCAUCACGUGUAUCGAGUUGGCGGAGCGCAAGCCACCCUACUUUAACAUGAACGCCAUGUCCGCACUCUACCACAUCGCGCAGAACGACUCUCCUACAUUACAGGCUCCAGAAUGGUCGGACACGUUUCGAUACUUCGUCGAAGCGUGCCUCCAAAAGAACCCACAAGACCGACCUUCAUCAAUGAAGCUGCUCCAGCACCCCCACAUCACGAGGCAUCGGUCGUCCAACGCGCUGGUCGACCUGAUCCAGCGGACGAAGGCGGCCGUACGCGACCUGGACAACUUGAACUAUAGGAAGAUGAAGAAGAUAUUGAUGGUGGAUGGUGACAAUGAGAGUGCUAUUGGUGACAGCGAAGAAACGGCCGAAGAGCGCUCAGGCGGCGACAGCUCCAAGUCCAACUCGGCGACGUCCGAGCACAGCGCCGCGGGCGCCUCCAGCCAGUCCUCCUCGUCCGGCAGCCUGCGCCGCCGGCCCCGCCCGCAAAUCAACGCGAACCACCACAACCAGCAACAGCCGCAGUACCAGCACCUCAACCACCAGCACUCCUCACAUUCUACGAGAGAGAGCGAGAGCCCUCUGCCGGCGCCCAACGACGACUACGUUAACAGGGACGCGCUCCGGGAGUUCGCCAACCGCGACUCGUUGUGCGACGACUACGGCGAUGACUACGCGAACAGGGACGCCAUCCGCGAGGCGCAGCGGGAGCGAGAGCGCGAGCGCGAGAGAGACCGGCAGGCGGAGUACCGCGAGUACGUCAACGCGCCGUCCACGUGGUCGUCGCAGCAGGACGGCGACGACAACAGGAACACGCAGCGUCGGCAGGCCAAUAGAGUGAGCAACAACGUGUCAGCGACGCUAUCGCUCGUGUCGGAGCACGGCGCUAACAACUUCGCCACGAUACGCACCACCAGCAUCGUCACCAAACAGCAGAAGGAACACAACCAGGAGAUGCACGAGCAAAUGUCUGGCUACAAGCGAAUGCGACGCGAGCACCAGGCGGCGCUACUGAAGUUGGAGGAGCGGUGCAAGGCGGACGUGGACGCGCACAAAGCGCAGCUCGACCGCGAGUACGACGCGCUGCUGCAGCAGCUGAGCCGCGACCUGGAGCGGCUGCAGACAAAACACGCUCAAGAGCUCGAGCGUAAGACAAAGCAGAACGCCGUAGCGGAGAAGAAGCUAGUGAAAGACAUCACGGCGCGGCAGGAGCAGGAUAGGAAGGCGUUCGAGGCGCAGCGCAAGCGGGAGUACAAGGCCAACAAGGAGCGGUGGAAAAAGGAGCUCAGUAUGGACGACGCCACGCCCAAGAGGCAGCGGGAUGCCACGCUACAGUCGCAAAAGGAUAACCUGAAGCAAGCAGAGGCGGCAGAGGAGGCCCGGCUAGUGCGGUCGCAGCGCGAGUACCUGGAGCUGGAGCUGCGGCGCUUCAAGCGCAGGCGCAUGCUGGCGGCGCACCACAAGGAGCAGGAGCUGCUCAGAGAGGAACUGAACAAACGGCAACAGCAAUUAGAUCAAGCGCACGCCAUGCUGCUGCGACACCACGAGAAAACGCAAGAGCUCGAGUACCGGCAGCAGAAGGGGGUGCACGCGUUAAGGGAGGAGCAACUGAGCAACCAGCACGCCACCGAGCUGGCCAACCAGCGCGAGUACAUGGCGCGCGCCGAGCACGAGCUGCGCAAGAAGCACGCGCUGCAGCUCAAGCAGCAACCCAAGAGCCUCAAGCAAAAAGAGAUGCAAAUUCGCAAGCAGUUUCGAGAAACGUGCAAGAUCCAGACGCGUCAGUACAAGGCCCUCAAGGCGCAGAUUUUACAAAUGACAGCCAAGGAACAACAAAAAGAAGUAAUAAAGUCGCUGAAGGACGAGAAGAGGCGCAAGCUAGUACUGCUGGGCGAACAGUACGACCAGAGCAUCAGCGAGAUGCUGCAGAAACAGACUGUGCGGCUCGACGAGAGCCAGAUGAUGGAGUGCGAGCAGCUGAAGAUGCAGCUGGAGCACGAGCUGGACAUGCUGACGGCGUACCAGAGCAAGAGCAAGAUGCAGGCGGAGGCGCAGCGCAACCGCGAGCGCCGCGAGCUCGAGGAGCGCGUCGCCGUGCGCCGCGCGCUGCUGGAGCAGAAGAUGGAAAUGGAGAGCGCGCAGUUCCUGGCGGAGCGCGCCGAGCGCACGCGCAUGCUGCACGAGCGCCACGAGCGCGAGCUCGACCACUUCGACAACGAGUCCGCUCGCCUCGGCUUCAGCGCAAUGGCGAUCGCGGAGGGCAGCCGGGACGGGUUCGGCGACGAGGAGCAAUCGCUGUCGGGCUCCAUGCUCUCGCUCGCACACUCCAACUCCUCCGCCUCCUUCCCCGCCGGCUCGCUCUAACGGGACGAUCGCGUCCCACACCCCACACCCCACCCCGCCCCAUCCACACACACAUGCUUUUGCCAGAAGCAAAUGAGGUAUCUUGUUG